UUAAAAAAUAUUAAAAAAAAAAUAAUAUUUCAAAAAUUAUUUGAAAUGUUUUAAAUAUAAGUUCCAGAAUUUAUUGUAUAUUAUUUUCAUUUAAUAAUAAUUGAGGUUUGAUAUUAAAAAAUAAAUAAUAUAAAAAAAGCAACAAUAUCAAAUAUAAUUAGCAUGGCCACUUCAAAAAAGGAACAUGUUGAUUAUGUUUGGGUUCGACCAUCAAAUCAUUUAGAUGAGUUUUCAGUUCCAACUGGUGGACGCAUAUUACGCACCGAUAAAAAUCGUACACUAAUCAAAGAUGACGAAGGGAACGAAGUAUGGAUAGCAUCAUCCGAUAUAAUUAAAGGAAUGCAUGUUACAUCACAAAAUGGUGUUGAAGAUAUGAUAACAUUAGGCGAUCUACAAGAAUUUGCAAUUCUACGAAAUCUACACAUACGGUAUAAGAAUAAGAAAAUUUAUACAUACACUGGUGCAAUGUUAGUUGCCAUAAAUCCAUAUGAAGUUCUUCCAAUAUAUACAAAUCGUGAAAUAAGAAAUUAUCGUAAUAAAAAAAUUGGUGAGUUACCACCACAUAUUUUUGCAAUCGGUGAUAAUGCAUUCCAAGAGAUGAAACGGGAAUCAUGUAAUCAAUGUAUUGUUAUUAGUGGUGAAUCUGGUGCUGGAAAAACUGAAAGUACAAAAUUAUUAUUGCAAUAUUUAGCAGCAAUAAGUGGCAAACAUUCAUGGAUAGAACAGCAAAUAAUUGAAGCAAAUCCAAUUAUGGAAGGUUUUGGUAACGCGAAAACAAUCCGCAACGAUAACAGUUCACGUUUUGGUAAAUACAUUGAUAUUUACUUUAACAAUACUGGAGCAAUACAAGGAGCAAGAAUUGAACAAUAUUUGUUAGAGAAAUCAAGAUUAGUUGCACAGACUAAAAAUGAACGUAAUUAUCAUAUAUUCUAUUCGAUGUUAGCGGGUCUUAAUAAAGAUGAGAAAAGAAAAUUAGAAUUAGAAGAUGCUACAAAAUAUUAUUAUUUGACUCAAGGUGGUAACGUUAUAUGUGAGGGCCGUGAUGAUGCUAAAGAAUUAACUGAUAUACGAUCUGCAUUACAAGUUUUAGCAUUUAGAGAAGAAGAAGUUUGGAAUAUAUUUCGUUUAUUGGCAGCAAUUUUGCAUUUAGGAAAUUUAAAAAUUAAAGGAACUGUAACACAAAAUAUGGAUUCAUCUGAAAUUAACGAUAACACGAAUGUUACAAGGAUAGCAAAUUUUUUGGGAAUGCAAAAGCAUAGUUUAUGCGAAGCUUUAACUAAAAAAACUUUAUUUGUACAAGGUGAAAGAGUUAUUACUUCUUUAUCUAAAGACGCAGCAAUUGAUGGUCGCGAUGCAUUUGUGAAAGCAAUUUAUGGAAGAAUUUUUUUGAGAAUUGUAGAUAAAAUAAAUGAAACCAUUUUUAAAGACGUUCAUAAUAACAAAAAAUUUCAAUCGAUUGGCGUUUUGGAUAUUUUUGGUUUUGAAAAUUUCCAUUCAAAUAGUUUCGAGCAACUAUGUAUAAAUUAUGCCAAUGAGAAUUUACAACAAUUUUUCGUAAAACACAUUUUUAAGUUGGAACAAGCUGAGUAUCAAAAUGAGGGUAUUAAUUGGAAAAUGAUUGAUUUUGUUGAUAAUCAAAAUAUUUUGGAUUUGAUUGGUUUGAAAACUUUAAACAUUAUGUCGCUGAUUGAUGAGGAGACCAAAUUUCCAAAAGGAACUGAUUACACAUUACUUGAAAAGCUUCAUUCUACUCAUGGAACAAAAACCAUUUACAAAAAACCUAAAUCAUCUAAUGAUCACAUAUUCGGUAUCCAACAUUAUGCAGGAACAGUUUAUUAUAAUCCUAAAGGUUUUCUUGAAAAAAAUAGAGAUUCUUUCAGUUUGGAUCUUAAAGAGUUGAUUUCAAAGACAACGAAUCCAUAUUUAUUAGAGAUAUUUGAAAAUGAUAAAAGUGCAUUGGACACAACUAAAAAAGCAGUGACCCUUUCAUUUCAAUUUCGUAGUUCAUUGGAUUUAUUGAUGAAAACAUUAUUAGCGUGUCAUCCAUCAUUUGUUCGUUGCAUAAAACCAAAUGAAAAUAAAAUGCCAAAUGUUUUCGAUAAAGGAUUGUGUGUUCGCCAAUUACGUUAUUCAGGUAUGAUGGAAACAGCAAGAAUUCGUCGUCUAGGAUAUCCAAUACGUCAUACUUAUUUUGAAUUUGUUGAAAGGUACCGGCAUUUAACAAGUGGUAUAGCACCUGCUCAUAAAACUGAUUGUGUAGAGGCUUCUAAAAAAAUUUGUAGUAGAAUUUUACCACAAGAAUCUGAUUAUCAAUUUGGUAAUAAUAAAAUAUUUCUUAAGGAUGCUGAUGAUAUUCUAUUAGAAUCUGAAAGAACAAGAAUUUAUUUAAAACAUAUAAUAACAAUACAACGGGGAUUUCGUCGUGUUUUAUUUAAACGCUAUUUACAAAAAUAUCGUAAUGCAGCAACUAUGAUACAAAAAACAUGGCGUGGAUAUAAAUUACGUAAACGUUUUGUAGUAAUGAGACGUGGUUUUAAUCGUUUGCAAGCAUGUAUUAAGUCCCGUGAAAAUACAUUAAAUUAUAAACAAAAACGAGAUCGUAUCAUAAAAUUGCAAGCACAUUGUCGUGGUAACGUCUUUCGUAGACAUUUUAAUAAUAUUUUGCCAAAGUAUAGUCAACAAUUGAAAGAAAUAAGAGUGCAAAGGGCAUUAGAUGAACAAGAACUUAAAAAAUCGGGAAAAUCAAAUUGGAAAAACGAAGCUGAUAUUAUUUACCAAAAACGUUUAAUGGAAUUAAAUAAACAAAUUACAACAUUAAUAACAACAAAUAAAGAAAGUGCAAGACGAAGUCAAAAAGGUGAUAAUUCAGUGAUAACAUCUGAGGAUCAUGGAAGAGUUGUCGAUAGAGCAUUUGAAUUUUUGGAAAAUGAAUCAGAAAGUAGAAAACGCGACACCUUGACGGAACCAUAUCAUGCUAUUUCUAAAGAUGGUACAAUAAGAUUACCGAAAAGGCAAAUUAUUAUAGAAGAUUUAAGUGAAUAUAGUUUUGCUAAAUUUGCAGCGAUAUAUUUCAACACGGAUGUGUCAUUUCACUAUAGUAAAAAACCAUUGAAAAAUUCUCUAUUAGAUCACAAUAUACCGGUUGAUGUUAUAUCAGCACAGGCAAUAUGGAUAACUCUAUUAAGAUUUAUGGGUGACAUGGCUGAAGCAAAAUAUGAUUUUGAUGAUGAUCAAGAAGAAGAAGAUGUUGAUGAUGAAAUUGAUGUUUAUGAAAAGAAAUCAAAAGCAUUAAAAAAAUCAAAACCAUCUAUUAUGCACCGUUUAACUGUAAAUUUAAGUAAAAAUCAAGUUUCUAGUAAAGAUUAUUUAGAUGCUUUGAGUUCCAUUACUGAUAAUGAAACUGGCCAUCAACGUUUAAUUAGAAAAACUUUAAAAAGAAAAACGAAAUUACCAGAUAUUUUACGAAAAGCAUUAGAUAAUAGCGAAGAAAUAGAAUAUUAUCAUCAAUGGUUAGAACAGAGAAGUUCAAAUUUACAAAAAACUCAUUUUAUCAUUGGACACGGUAUUUUAAAACCACAAUUAAGGGAUGAAAUUUAUUGUCAAAUUUGUAAACAAUUAACAAACAACCCAUAUCAAACAUCAUUUGCAAGAGGUUGGGUUUUACUUUCAUUAUGUUUGGGGAGUUUUCCACCAUCAUCUCGUUUCGAAAAAUAUUUACGUCGUUUUAUUCAAUGUGGUCCGGAAUUAUACUCUCCUUAUUGUGAAAAUUUAUUAGAAAGAACUUUAUUGAAUGGUACUCGGACUCAACCUCCAUCAUAUUUGGAAUUACGAGCAAAUCGUAAUAAAGAUGUUGUUACAUUAAACGUAUUUUUAAUGGAUGGUUCAAUAAAAAAAAUACAAGUGGAUUCAGCAUCUACUGCUAAAGAAGCUAUCACUCAGAUCGCUAAUAAUGUAGGGAUUUUAGAUCAUUUUGGUUUUUCAAUAUUUGUAACAUCAUUUGAUAAAGUUUUAUCAUUGGGUGGUGGACGAGAACAUAUUAUGGAUGCGAUCUCUAAUUGUGAACAAUAUGCAAAGGAACGUGGUGUUAGUGAACGAAAAACUGUUUGUAAAUUGUAUUUAAGAAAAGAAAUUUUCUCACCCUGGUAUAAUCCAUCUAUAGAUCAAAUUGCAACAAAUUUAAUAUAUAAACAAAUUGUCCGUGGAAUAAAUUUUGGUGAAUAUCGUUGUAAAAAUGAAAAAGAUUUGGCUAUGAUAUGUGCUUUACAAUAUUAUGCUGACCAUGGACAUGUGCUGAAUCCAAAGAUUUUAUUAGAAUGUUUACCAGAAUAUUUACCAAAGGAUUUAUUAAAAUCGGGAGAUAAAGCAUUAAAAAAUUGGGAACGUAUUAUUACUGAAGCUUUUAAUAGAAACGAUUAUGUAAAGAAUAAAAUUCCACAAAGCAAUGCUAAGGAAGAUAUUGUAGUAUUUGCCCAGCUUAAUUGGCCAAUGUUAUUCUCAAGAUUUUUUGAAACUGUCAGAGUAUCUGGAGCACAAUUAAUAACUGAUAAUAUUAUAAUUGCUGUAAAUUCUGUUGGUAUAUUUUUGAUUGAUGAAAGUGAACAAGUUCAGGCUGAAUAUUCAUAUCCUGAAAUUGUUGCAGUGAAUCUUCAAGAAUCAGAUGCAAUUGACUCAAAUAUUACAAUAAAUGAAUUUUCCAUAGAAACAAUCCAAAAAGAGAAUUAUACAUUUAAAUGUUUUGAAGCGAAAGAUAUUUCAGAAUUAAUUUCAUCAAUUCUUGAGAAUUUAAAAGCCCGCUCAAUAUAUGCUGUAGCUACAAAUGAUUAUUUAAACAGUUCGGAGAAAUCUGAUGAAUAUUUAAAUUUUCACAAGGGUGAUUUCAUAAAGUUCUCUAAAGGCAUAAAUGGUACGGAAAUAAUGAAAGCACCACCAUCUUCAUGGUUUAAAGGUGAAUGUAAUGGAAAACAAGGUUUAUUUGCUGCUGAUAUGAUCUAUAUUUUACCAACUAUAAUGGUGCCAACGGAAAGCAUAUUAAAGAUAUUUAGAGAAGGAUCAAUUGUUACGUCUAAAAGAAAUCUUAAAGCUAAAUAUAACACGUUACAACGUCAAAAAAUGUAUACAUUACGUAAAUUUGCUGAAUUCCAUUUCCGAGCAAAUAUAGGAUCUAAAUAUAAUUCUCAAUCAAUGCGUGCUAUUAGGGAAAAAAAUGAAACUUUAUGGAAGCAUUCGCGAGACAUAAUUCGGGCUCCUUUACUAAAGAAACUUCAGAAGGAAACGAAACUUUUUGAAAUUGCUGUUGGAAUAUUUAGUUACAUUUUAAAGUAUAUGGGUGAAACUGGACGUGCAAUGGUUUCUGUUAAUACCGAUCAUAUCUUUAAAGAACCAUUAGCUAAUGAAGAUUUACGAGAUGAAGUUUAUUGUCAAAUAAUGAAACAAUUAACAGAAAAUAAUAUAUUUUACAGUGAAGAACGGGCAUGGGAUUUAAUGUGGUUAGCAACUGGUAUUAUGACACCUGGAACAUUAGUUCUAAAAGAAUUAACUGAAUUUCUAAGAACACGUACUCAUCCUAUUGCUUUAGAAUCAUUAAAACGUGUACGUAAAACUUUAUCUGUUGGUCAACGAAAAUAUCCACCAUAUAUCGUAGAAGUUGAAGCAAUACAAAAUCGCAGUGAACAUAUAUAUCAUAAAAUAUAUUUUCCAGAUGAUACAGAUCAAGCAUUCGAAAUACAAUCAUCAACUCGUGCUUCCGAUUUAAUGGCUGAUAUAGCAAAAAGAAUGAGUUUAAAAUCAACUGAAGGUUUUAGUUUAUUCAUAAAAAUAUCUGACAAAGCAUUUUCUAUACCAGAAGAUGAAUUUAUAUUUGAUUUCUUAGUUGAAAUAAAAAAGUGGGUAAAAGAUACAAUGCCUUCACGUUCUGGUGAUUCAAAUUUACAUUUUAAAUAUCAAAUAUAUUUUAUGAGAAAAUUGUGGAUUAAUAUACAAAUUGGUCGUGAUGCUAUCGCUGAUUUAAUUUUUCAUUUUUAUCAAGAAUUACCGAAAUAUUUAAUGGGAUAUUAUAAAAUUAAUAAAGAAGAAGCAGCAAAACUUGGUGCUUUAAUAUAUUUAAUUAAGUUUGGUACUAAUUUCCAAGCAGGACAGAAAACGCAAGAUAUUUUAUCUAAAUUGAUUCCGGAAGAUAUUGCUUAUUUACAAAAGCCAGAUGAUUGGAAAAGAGUUAUAAUAAAAGAAUUAAAUUGCAUAAAUCAUUUGAAUGAGGUCGAAGCAAAAAAUAAAUUUUUAAAAGAAAUUUCACAUCAAGAAACUUUUGGAUCAACUUUCUUCGUUGUUAAACAAACAAAUGAUGCUUCUUUGCCCGAAGCAAUUUUAAUAGCAAUUAAUCGAAACGGAUUUACCAUUAUUGAUCCUAGAUCAAAAGAAAUGUUGGCAUCCUAUGGUUAUCAAGAUUUAAAUUUUUGGAGCUCUGGAAAUACAUUCUUUCAUAUACGUUUUGGCAAUAUGAUCGGUGCUUCAAAAUUACUUUGUACAACCACUUUAGGAUAUAAAAUUGACAAUUUGUUAACAUCUUAUAUAAAUUACUUG